CGGAGGUUCUGCAUUUCGCAGCGGCUCCCCAGGGAUGCCGAGGCUAGUGGUCACUCUGAGCAGCCGGACCACUUGGCAGCCCACCGGGGGCCCGACCGUCCCGCGCUGAGCUCGGCGGGGCGCGCGGCAGCUUCCCGCUGCUCCCCGGGGACGCCGCCGCGCCCCUGCCGCGACCCCUCGGCGUCGCCCGGUGGGGAGCCAAGGCGCCGGGUGGACAGCCGCUGCCGCGCAGGACGCCACGGCCCACGGCCCUCCCCACCCAGCAGCAUGAUCCUGAUGUCCCCUGCUCACCUCUGCUGAGUGCCACCCACAUCGCCACUGUAUCCGCACAUGGUGACCUCAAGGACUUGAGAUCGUCUGGAGGACGGCCGCUCAAGGAUUGUCUUCAAUCGUUUGUUAUCAGGAACCUGAGUUUCAGUCCAGGGUAGAAACUAGAGGUAAUUGCUGUCCAUGGAGAACAAAACGUUUGUUUGGGAAACAAACACCCAGGAAGGAGAGGAUAAAAUUCUUCCCUGGGAGGAUGAGCCCUUCUCAGACUUUCUCUUUGGAGCAAGGGUUGCCUUGAGCAGGAGGAUGAGGAUCCUUUUCCUUCUGCUGUUAUCCCUGCACAAAGCCCGGAGCGAUGCAGAGAUGAGGCCCAAUGUCGUCGUGUUCAUGGUGGACGAUCUGGGCAUCGGAGACCCUGGGUGCUACGGAAACAAAACUCUCAGAACUCCCAAUAUUGACCGGCUGGCCAGAGAGGGCGUGAAACUCACGCAGCACCUGGCAGCGUCGCCCCUGUGCACGCCGAGCAGGGCAGCCUUCAUGACCGGCCGGUACCCCGUCAGAUCAGGAAUGGCAUCUCGUUCCCGAGUUGGCGUUUUCCUCUUCUCAGCCUCUUCUGGAGGACUUCCCAACAGUGAGAUUACAUUCGCCACGCUUCUGAAGAAUCAAGGCUAUGCAACAGCCCUGAUAGGGAAGUGGCACCUCGGGGUGAACUGUAACAGCAGUAGUGACUUCUGCCACCACCCCCUGAGCCACGGCUUUGAUUACUUCUAUGGCCUCCCGGUGACCAACCUGCGGGACUGCAAGCCCGGGGAGGGCAGCGUCUUCACCACGGGCAUCCGCCUGCUGGCGCUCGUCCCCCUGCAGCUCAUUGGCGUUGCGCUGCUCACCCUGGAGGUGUGCAAUUGCCUGAGGCUGUUCCGCGUGCCCCGCUGGGUUUUCUUCUGCCUCCUCUUCCUCGCGGCCGUCAUCCUCGUCGCCUUGGUGUGUUUCCUUCAUUACUUCCGGCCCUUGAACUGCUUCCUGAUGAGGAACCACGAGGUCACCCAGCAGCCCAUGUCUUACGACAGCCUCACGCAGAGGCUGACGCGCGAGGCGGUGCAGUUCAUCCAACGGAGCACUGAGAAGCCGUUCCUCCUCAUCUUGUCCUACAUUCACGUGCACACAGCCCUCUUCUCCUCCAAGGACUUCGCUGGCAAGAGUCAACACGGCGCUUACGGGGACAACGUUGAGGAAACAGACUGGAGCGUCGGGCAGGUCUUAAAUGCCCUAGAUGAGAUGAGACUGGCCAACGAUACCCUCGUAUACUUUACAGCGGACCAAGGGGCACACGUGGAAGAGGUGACUUCCAAAGGAGAAAUGCAUGGAGGAAGCAACGGGAUCUAUAAAGGUGGGAUUUGGGCCCCGGGCUCUAACCCGCUGACACUCUACGAGUGCGGCGACUGCCGACGACACUGCCACGCUUACUGGGAGCAAAACGCCUUGUCUAGAAACAGGUUUUCGGCAAACACCUGUGUAGCAGCCCAGGCUUAGGAAAUGAGGCGAAAGGAACUGUGAGGAGGAGCUUCAAGUUUAAGAUACUUCAUAUGUCAAGAGGAAUUGAAGAAAACCAAGAGAACUGCUAAGUGGGAUUCAACUUCAAGGAUCAUAAACAACAGGUUCUUUCCUCUUCAUCUUUGAAAUGAUGAAGAAAACUGUUUGCUGUGCAUGCCAGUUAGUAGGGUGGUGAGUGCUGCAUUGAGGAGGCCUUACUGCCAGGUGCAAAUAGAGCUUGAAAUUUCCUGCCACCUCUGUGCUCAAGGUGCCAGUACCAUCAGGGCAACAGGGAGCCCGUUGGAAAUGCAGAACCUCUGGCCCCAAGCAGACCAAUUCAAUCUCUGUCUGCAUUUUAAUGAAUCUUGGGAGAAAUGCAUGCACAUUAGAGAUUGAGAAGCAGUGACUGAGCCCAGCCUUGGCAAUUAGAAUCACCUGCAAGUCUCUCUGGGUAAAGGAAGUGGAGAUUUGAUUUAUACUCUGCAUACUUCUUAAUCAGAUCAACUGUUCCAGAAAGUUGUCCUGGCUUUGCAGCUGCACCAUGACAGCCUUUUGCUAGACAAAGCAUCAACGCUACAUGCCAUUGGGAGAACUAAACUGAUCUGAUGUGAGUUGUGGAGACUCCAGGAUUUCCACCUGAAGGAGUUUAGAAGCAUCAACCUGAUAGAAGUAAAGCCCAGCUUUCUUCUCUUCAGAUACAGCACUCGAAGAGUCCAACAGUCAGCCAAGAGAUGGGACCCCAGAGACUGCAAGCACUAAUCCAGUGUUGACCACAUAUGACUUGUUAAUGGUGAUCAAGAAGGCUGAACACAGAGAAAUCUGUUCUUUUCAAUGCAAGAGGCACGUCUGAGGCUGAUGGAGGAGGUGGUUGGUUGGGUCAUUUUGAAGAGAUGGACCAAAUUCAUUAAGAGUUCACAGGGUAAAACUCCCAUUUCCAACACUGCCUCCUUUCACUUUGACUAUCUCUUGAUUUCCUACAUCUAGAGCUUCUGUCUGGUUAGGCUCAAAAGUUUUCGCCUUUUAUUUCCAAUCGUUCUCUUUGUUCAUUGUUCUCCCCCAGUUCACCAUCACCUAUUUCUUUAUGUCUUCUGGUCUGCUUGCUCUCUUCUCUAAUAUUUCUUGGCAUUUGUAUGUUCUCUUAAUUAUUUCACCACCUCAACCAUAUUUCUAUUUCCUGAAAUUUUAGCUUUUGAUUAAAGCAAUAAAUGACCAGAAAUAUAACAUUCCUGCAUAGAGUCACUGUUUAUUGGUCACUUCAAUAGAUACCUAUGAUCCUGGAAGUGGACUCAUGCUUUGGCUACAAUGUUUCAUGUGAAGAUCAUGCCCAGUAAAAUUAAAUAAUUAUGCAAUUAAUACCUGAAUGUGAUAUAUAUGUUUAUAUAUCUACCACCGGUCUCUCAACCAUCCAGCUACACAUGCAUACACAUAUGUAUGAUUUGCCUUAUUCAAUUUUCAUUUGCACAUUCAGAUUCAGAGAGUUCGUGUUUACAAAUCCAACAUAGCUCUGUCAUUCCAUCGAAGGUCA